AUGACAGACUCAAAGAGUGAUAUUUAUUUCAAUAAGAAAUACUCCAGACCCGAGAGUAUGAAAAAAGUGAUAGAUAUUCUCGGUGACUAUAAUCCCUCAGAGUCCAAAGUAAAAAGAACUCUUGGAAUGAAUGAAGAAGAGCUUAAGGCUUUCCAACAACAGCUAUUGGAGAAUUCAUUCAAAUCCUGCCGAGAGAGAAUCUCCAUCAAUAAAAGAGACACACAAAAGGCUUUAGAUAUCCUAGGUAUCGAUUACUCCAAACAAAAGUUAAUGAGUUUGUUAGGAUGUGAUGAAGAGGCUUUUCAAUAUCUCGAUCAACCAAACGAGGCAACUAAAAUUAAAAUUACGCAGAGAACAGUGGUAUAG